CGCCGGACCUUUAAACUCCCGGCGGCGUCAGGACUACACUUCCCGGCGUGCCGCAGGGGCCGUCGCCGCUGCUCUGGGGCAGGCGCGCUGCGGCGAGCGGGCGGUGGUGACGGGCGUCACGGCUGCACUCGGUAGUGACUUCAUAGAGGCGUCGUCGCCGCCGCUCGCCCCGGCAGCGCGGGGGCCUGGGCCGCGCAGUUUCAGCGUGCGGCUCCGUCCCCCGUCAGCGACCGGCCCUUCGCGUCGUCUCCGCCUGUUCAAGGAGGGACCGCCCCGGCUGCCUCGCCGGAGGGCGGUUUCGCGGCCUUUCCUUUCGCUUCCCUUCCCCUGCUGUCACACGCGGGACGCGCGGCUUUGUCGGCGCCGAGGGCCGCCUUUGUUAGGCUCCGGGCCCUCGGCUGAGCCCGCUCCUCCUCCGGGAGCCAUGUCCGAGCAGACGGGCUUGGCGCUGCCGCAGAGCAUGGACAGAAGCUGCUGGGUUUGUUUUGCUACUGAUGAGGAUGAUCGGACAGCAGAGUGGGUGAGACCUUGCAGGUGCAGGGGCUCCACGAAAUGGGUUCAUCAGACUUGCCUACAGCGCUGGGUGGAUGAAAAGCAAAGAGGAAACAGUACUGCUAGAGUUGCUUGUCCUCAGUGCAAUGCAGAAUAUUUAAUAGUAUUUCCAAAGCUAGGUCCAGUUGUUUACGUUUUGGAUCUUGCAGAUCGACUGAUCUCAAAGGCAUGUCCAUUUGCUGCAGCUGGAAUAAUGGUGGGCUCUAUAUACUGGACAGCUGUUACAUAUGGAGCUGUGACAGUUAUGCAGGUUGUGGGUCACAAAGAAGGUCUUGAUGUCAUGGAGAGAGCUGAUCCUUUAUUUCUCUUGAUUGGACUUCCCACUAUCCCAGUCAUGCUAAUAUUGGGCAAAAUGAUUCGUUGGGAGGACUAUGUGCUCAGACUGUGGCGCAAAUACUCGAAUAAGCUACAAAUUUUGAACAGCAUAUUUCCAGGCAUUGGAUGUCCUGUUCCUCGUAUUCCAGCAGAGGCCAACCCUUUGGCAGAUCAUGUCUCUGCAACACGUAUUCUAUGUGGAGCUCUAGUUUUCCCUACUAUUGCCACAAUAGUUGGCAAGCUGAUGUUCAGCAGUGUUAACUCCAAUUUACAAAGGACAAUCUUGGGUGGAAUUGCUUUUGUUGCUAUAAAAGGAGCUUUUAAGGUCUACUUCAAACAGCAGCAAUAUCUGCGCCAAGCUCACCGCAAAAUUUUAAAUUAUCCUGAGCAAGAAGGAGCAUAAGGCUGUGAUCUCCAGAUGUCAUACAGUCUCACCAAACAGGUUUCCAUGUUGUAUUGGUUCCAUCAUUAUUGCACAGUAGUGGAGAAUUGUGAUAAGUUGCUGCUCCUGUUUUGUUUUUUUCUUUAAAGAUAAUAAAGCACUGUCUUUUGGCAGGAUAUAUCCUUUAAGCAACCAAUGAACCUAAGAAUGUGACUUGGCAUUCAUUAUUUUUUUUAAUUUCUGUUGGGCAACAGGCUUCUGAAUUAUUUUCUUUGAGCCAAUAUGCUGAAUGGAAAAAAGCAUCAACUACAGAACAAGAACAUUUUAAAUAGUGCAGUGUAGGCUCUAGCCAAAUGCCUUUUCUAUAUAUGCAUUCAUACCCACACUAUCAUUCAGUUCUUUGUUUCACACAAUGAAGGGAACUCCUAUAGAAAGGAAAUGAGUUGUUACCAACAAGAAGUAAUUGUGGGACACCAAUCACAAAAGAUUUCCUUGUUUUUUGCUGAUAUGAAAAAUGGAGUGUGAAAUACUCAAAUGACUGUCAGAGAAAGCAGAAGAUAGAUGACACUCUACAGGACUGGUGUGUCAGCUUUAGCCACCUAAGUACUAGGUGUUGAAAUUAGCAUGGCUUCUAGGUGACUAUUUUAUUACUGAUAAAUUUUACUGGCCCAUUUUAUCUUCUGUGGUGCCUCGUAUUAUUGUCUCAUGGCUCUUUAACUGUUUUGUAACUGGUGCUGGAUAGCAUUUUUUUCCUCCAGUAAAAUAAUUACAUGGGAGAAGUAAAUUUCAGUUGCUUAUUUUAUAGUUAAGUAUUACAGCACUUGUUUAGUUUACAUGUUCCUUUUGAUUAUGUAAAUAUCCAUACAAAUAAAAGAGCAGUAGAAGUGUGAGGAAGGAACAUUGGACACUAAAGCUACAUUUAAACUGACAGAUUAGGGCAUCCUUCUGAACUUCCAGACCUGAGUGCAUAAUUUAGCUCUGUACUAGGACUAGGAUCUCUGCUGCCCAUACUAGCUCUAGAGGAAGAAAAAAUGGCUGGAAGGCAGUGACAUUACACUUGGGGUACCUAAUUUGAGCAUGGCACGUACCAGCAGGCUAGACACUCUUAAACAACUUGGAUCUGUAAAAGGGGAAACUGGGAUCCUGUAAAAAGACUAAAAGAUAAAUCUUAAGUGUGUUGUAAACUAAGUUUAUUUAUACAGUAAGCUUUACUGUUAAAUAUUUUCAGAGUAGCCAGCUGAGGGAGACAUUAGCACUUGAGUUAUUUAAUGUAUUAUAAAUUUAAUUUUAAUAGAAAUUAAUUGUUUUGUGAUAUAUCGCCAUUUAAUAUUCAUACCAGACCUAACCUAGAUUUAGUACUUGAGGUUUUUUCUUAACAACAAUUUAUUUGUUUUUCUCAAAGUUUUUUUCCUUCCUUGCUCAGAUUAGUAUGUCAAAUGCACGGAGAAAGGUUUAAACACACACAAAAAAAUAAUAGUGGAAGUAUACAUAAGUAUUUCUUUUCACCAGAAAUAAAGUAAAUGCAGAAUGGACUUCAUAUAUGACUGCAAUAAUGUAUGUUAGAGAAAUUAAAAAUAUGGUACCUUUUCUAUAGUAUGUUUAUCUUAAUUACUGAGAUGUAAUAUUUUAGAAAUGUACAAAAGUGUAUAUAAUGACCAAUUAGUAUUCAGAAACUAUACAGGUAUUGAAAAUUAUACAUUCAAUCAAUAUCAAAUACUUUUGAGGUUCUUGCUGUAACUGAAGAAUUACUGUAAUCCUGUAAGUCUGCUGAUUAUAUUUGUCUUAGUGGGCUCACUUUUAUAUAGAACUCUAAAUGGAGUAGCAACCUCUGAAAGUUGCUGCUUUCUGUAAGAUAGUCUUGAAACAAUAUAAACGUAUUUCUUACAGAAUUCCUUAUUUCAAGAAAACAGCUUUUCAGUGGUCUUUGCUGUAUAUAUUUCCAACCACUUUAUUACUGUUUUUUUAAAGUGUCAUGAAGAAUUGAAUUAUGCAGAUUAGUGGGUUUGAAACUUGUUCCAUGGGAAAGUUCAUUGUCUCCUCUGGAAGUUAAAGCUAUUGUAAAAAUACAAUUAUAAAAAUAUUGUGUGGAUUAUAAAAUUAUUUCACCUGCGUGUCAGAAGGUUAUUACCCUGUUGUAAAUCUUGUUUUUAAGUAUUGCAAAUUAUAGUUAUGUUGAAUUAGGUUGAAUAAAUAUUUUUUACACUC